AUGGGCUCCUGGGAUUCUUGUCUCCCGUUGAACUUCCGCUACAAAUUCUUGCUCUUGCACGGGAGUCCGGGUGAUAUCAAUUGCGGCGACGGUCCGCAGACCGAUGACACUCGUAACCUAUGGAAAUCUUACCUUUAUAACAUGCAACAGAAAGCUCCACCGCCGAAAAGGAUCCCGUGUCACAAAGUGAUACGGAAUCGACCUCCGCAUUACGGGAAAGAGUUCCACGGAUUGAUGGAACGAAGCGAAGCUGAAGCAAUCGUGCGUGCGGAGGGUGAAGGCAGCUUCCUGGUCAGAGAGAGCUCCAGGGAACCGAACCAAUUCUCAUUGGUCUUCUUGUUCGACGGACAUCCUCGGAAUUAUCGGCUAUAUUAUACGGACGAUCAGCACUAUGUAGGCGCUAAGCGUUUCAAUAACUUAGAAGAUCUCGUGGCGGACGGUCUGAUCACCAUGUACCUCGAUACACAUGCUGGGGAGUAUAUAAAUCAAAUGUGCAAUGAAGCCAACUACGAAGAUUCACCUUACUUGACUAUAAACCAGAGCAAGAAGCAAAUGUACUACAAGUCAACGAGACGGCGAAUGAAAGACAAGAAGCCUCCGGUUCCAGUCAGGCGGCGAGAUUUUUCACCGCAAAUACGGAAGAUUGAGGAGGAUUCUUUCGAAGGCCAUCCGAUCCAUCAAUACGAUGAACCAGAAUUUUCGCAAGCACCGCCGCCACUGCCAAAACAUACUUCGAACCUUGCCAAAGCGGGGGACUUCCCGGAGCCCCCCAGAGAUCUCAUGGAAUCUCCUCCUUCACCCGGACCACCGAUCCUGCGACGCCCGAACCCAGACGUUCCCCGAAGGUCGGAAAACUCGCAACAUGUGCCAAAGCCCGCUUCACAUGUACCCCUGCGAAGGGAGAACCGCAAAUCGCUAGAUGCCCAAGCUGAGUUCCGUUCCGGGCAGAAUCAGCAGGCUCCGCAGCGGCACCACCAUCGGUUGUCCGCUCAGAACCAAUGCAACCUACCAUCGGAGGAUCCCCACCACUUGCAUCAGGGUCGGAGUUCCCAUCAAGUGCAAUCGCAACAGGGUCAGAAGUCCGACAAAUCCGCCUCGCCGAAUCCGGCAGCCACAGAAGCCGAAAGCUUCACCUCCUUCAACGAGUCGAGCUCACCGGGCGAGGAAGUAGAUCUCCCGGAUGCGAAGGACUUCGAAAAAAUGCAUGCGUUCAAGGUUCACAACUUCAUGGGAUUGCCUUGGUGUGAUUUCUGCGGGAAUUUCAUGUGGGGAUUGAUCGCCCAAGGCGUCAGGUGUGAAGAUUGCGGAUUCUCGGCACAUUCGAAAUGCUCAGAAAAGGUGCCAAAUGAUUGUACUCCUGACUUGAAGUUUGUCAAGAGAGUUUUCGGUGUCGAUCUUACUACGCUCUGUAAGCUGCAUGCUACGCCGCGGCCUUUCGUCAUAGAGAUGUGCAUAAAAGAGGUUGAGCUCCGAGGCAUGCAGGUAGAAGGUCUCUACCGCAUUUCGGGGAGCAAGGAUGAGAUAGAACACCUCCAGGCUGCUUUCGAACAGCACGGCGACCAGACCCAACUAGAUAUCAAGACCUAUGAGGACAUCAACGUUGUGAGCGGCUGCUUGAAAAACUUCUUUCGACUAUUACCGAUCCCUCUGAUCACCUAUGAAACUUAUGGGAUGUUCGUCAAUGCGGUCCGACGGCUCGAGCCUGAAGACAAGGUUGAAGGAUUGAAGGUCGCCGUUAGGAAUCUCCCUCCAGCUCAUUACCAAAGCCUAAAAUAUCUCCUACAGCACCUGAACAGGGUCACAGAGAGUUCGAAGAUCAACAAAAUGACCGCUGACAAUCUGUCUAGAAUAUUCGCGCCUACGCUGCUAAGAUCCCCGGAUUCGAUGGGUGUCGAUCUCCAAGCCGCUCUGCAGACAGAAGCGGUCGUGGUGGAAACGUUGAUUGUCAAUCAGAAACAGAUUCUCGACUUCUAG